AAUUUUCACAUAUAUUUUAAGCACUUAUUGACUUGUUUUAUAAAGUUAUUUCAAGUAAAAACUAGUCUUUAUAAGUAAAUUAAUAUUUUAGCUAUUUUAACUCAUUUUCCCUCACUUUUAUAGAUUUUGUGAAUUUAUUGGGAAAAUGGAGACUAAGCAAGUACUUGGAGACUAAGCAAGUUUAUGAUUGGACAAGAAAAAUAAAGAGGCAACUUUUGUCCUUUGUUUAAACACACAAGAAGAUUUUCUAUUGGACCAAAAUUAGCAAAGUACAGCACCGUUUCUUUUGACUCUUCACUAACUAAGUUGUCUUGGUUAGAGCAGUAUCACAUGUAGUCUGAAAAGCAUGAUCAAACCGCCUUCCUUCUACAAGUGGCUUACCAUCCAUAGUUACUUUUCAAGCCUAUUUAAGCAUUGCAUCACCCAUUGUGAAAAUCAGGCAAUUCCAUUCACUCUCACAACACGACCAACACGAGAGAACAGAGAGCUAAAAACAUAGGAGAAAGGCAGAGAGUGGGCGAACGACGGAGGAAACGAGUUGGAUGCACACCAACUGUUCGAGAAAUCAACCGGUGCUGUUAUUUCAUCUCUUUUCUUACUUGUGUAAAGCUACCAUGGUAAUGAGUAGCUAAAGACACUUUUGUUGGGAUUAGGUGUAAAUUAGUCUAUUAGUAUGUAUUUCUAUUGAUCAUGGUUUUAUAUAUGGUUUUAGUUGUCUCUCAAUAUUGAUGUUAUCUUUGUUUUUAUUGUUUUAAUCUUUGAUUUGAAUUGUUAUAGACAUAUACCUUUUGAAUCUAAGAACUAGGAUAAUAUCUAUUGAACUCUAAAUUCUAGACAUAGAUUUAGGUUUAAUAUUCACUUAGAGUAUCGAAUCUUAAUGCUAUUGUAUUGAUUGACGAUCCGAGACAUCGGAGGUUAAUAGAUGCAAUAGAUAUCUCGGCGUUAUCUGGACACGAAAACGUUCGACGAGCGAUACGUGAUAAUAUUGAUAGAUGACUAAAACCUGUGUAACUGAUUAGGGGAAUAUGUAUGAAUGAGUAAUUGAAAUCUAAUCCCAGCAAUUUAAUCUCUCUGUCAAAUUAAUCAUCUUUACUACUUUCAUGUAUUCGCAACUUUCGUAAUCAACCAAUCUUUGAAAUCCUUUACUUGAAAUUAUAUUAAUUGUUGAACGGCAUCGAUAUCGCAUCAGUCCCUGUGGAGACGAUAAAAACAUACUUACUUUUGUACUUUCAACAAAAUGGCGCCGUUGCCGGGGACUGGCGUUUAGAUAUUGGAGCAUUGCAACAAUUUAUAUUCUUUUAAGUAUUUGUGUAUAUUUGUUUAUAUUGUAUAGUUUUUCUUGUACUAAUCCUUCUUUGCUAGACAAAGAAAAUUGUUUUUCUUGUGUGUUAAAUCCUUUUUCAGAUUCCCCAUUAAAAGUUAAACCAUGACUGAUCGUGGUUAUUACAACUUCUAUACUCCGGGUGAGUAUGAAUCAUAUCAACAGUUUCCUCCUUAUAAUUAUGGGCAAACUUCAGAGGCUAGAUUGGAGGAGACCAUGAUUAAAUUCAUGGAAAUGCAGCAGCAACAAAACCAACAGAUGCAAGACCAGCACCAACAGUAUCUGAAAAACAGUCUUGCACGGGCCAAAAAUUUGGAAAAUCAGCUUGUUCAGUUGGCUAAACAGUUAGCCAAUAACAAUAACCAAGGAGGAACAUUUCAAACCAACACACAAACCACUCCUGACGAGAAAGAUAAUAAUCCAAUGAAAAAUGAGGAAAGUGGAGAGAGUGUGAACGAUGUUGAAAACAAUGAGGAAGAAAGAAUGUGUGAUGGAUAUGGUGUAGAGAAAAUAGUGAUAGAAAUAAAGACACCACAUGAAGUAGAACUUCCUCAAGAGUCACCAUGUAUUGAGAAGACCAGCACUGUUGAUAAUGAAGAAGUGAUGAUGGUUGCAGAAGAAAUUGAGGGAUUACUUGACAAGGAAAUAUCAAUUGAGCAAAAGAGGGAGAUGGAGAACCAGGCGUUGAUUGAUCGGGUAAUAGACGAAAUUUGUGCCUUUUUCAACAAAAAAGAAUUGGGGAGGAUAUGGACUCCGCAACAUCUAUAUCUAAAGUUCAUGGAGUUCCUCCCUAACCGAAGGAAAAAGACGGACGAUGUUCUUUCCGUUUCGUUUUGGCCACCGUAACAUCUCAGGCGUCGAGCUACCGACGUUAACCAAGCGCUUGUUGGGAGGCAACCCAAUUUUCUAUCUAUACUAUUUAAAUUAUGCAAUUUACAACUUUAGUACACUUAAGCAUGUUUUGAAAAUGAGCAAAAACUGAACCAUUUAAUCUGAUGUGAAAAUUCUGCAUUUUUUGACAGUUUUCAUGAAUUCGCUAAGCGGGAUUUUCUUGGCUAAGCGAAUUUGACAGAAUUUUGAAACUAUUUUGUGUUAAUAUCAUAUAAGUUCAGGUUGUGAUACUUUGGUUGAAAAUUGUUCUCGAAGAUCAAAUAUCUACUUGUUUUGUGUACUCAUGUGUUAAUCCUUUUUGAGUUUUCAUGUAACCAAAAUUGACUCUUGUGUUUGUCAUCUCUAAAGCUCAACAUGGCAAACUCUUGUGGAACUUUUUCUCUUAACAUAAGGCUGCUAUCUUGAAUUAAAAUUUUGAUUGUGUGAUUUUGCAUUAACUUGUCUUUGUUGAUUGUGAAAUUUUGGACUUAUGUUAGGGGUUGUUCUAACUAAGCAUAAGUGGUGACUUAAUGUUUUAGAAUGUGAUAUCUUGAAUUCUUGGUAGAUCAAAAUUUAGGAAUCACUGCUUGCUUUAAAGAAACAUCAGGGACUGUUUUUCUUAAGCUUAGAUGUUGAUUAUGUUCUAUCAUGCUGCUGCCCUGUCAUGUUCAGAUUUGACAGGUUUUGAGAAAAAGAGGCAUCACAAAUUUUACACUUUGUUCAAAUUUGCUAAGCAAAUUUCAGCUGGCCCAGCGAACUUGACAGCUAUGUUCCUUUGUGCUUCAAUGUUUACAAUUGUUUCAGAUAUGAUACUCAAGAAGCUGCACAAAUGGCAUGGCCUAUGGAAAGGCCAUUUUACUCGGAGGAGGUGAGAAGCUGCUGUUGGUACCAAGGAAGUGAAGAAGAUCCAGACAACUGACAAGAGAAAGAUAGACCGAGAAAGCUCUCCAAAACUCUGUGAAGUUUAUUUUAAAUAGCUUUCGGUUAAAUUUAUGCUUUAUCUUAAUUUAUAUUUCUCUUGUGGUCUGAACAACAUGUUGAUGGUUGAUUGAAAAAAUGGUUCAAAAUUUUGAUUUUUGAAUAUCAUGUGCAUAUGAAUUGAAAUGUCUAGGUUUGUGAUUAAUCAAAUUCAAAUGCAUGAUUAGAAUAAUUUUUCAAUUGCUUUAGUUGAGGUCAAAUAUUUGUGAUUAUCUUUGAAUGUUAGGAUGAAUUUGAACCAAGUAGCUUUAUUCAAUUUGAUUUCAUUCAUUCCUUGUUAACAUGAUUAAUUGAUUAUGAAUCACGUAGACCUAGCCGGGAGAGAUUGUGUGAACCUUCCAUUGUUUAUAUAUUUGAGAGCCGACAAUUGUGUUUAACUCUGUUGAUUUUAACUGAAUCUUGCUAUUACUUGAUGUGUUUGAAGUCAUGGAUAUGAUCAAGGCCUUGUUUCUUUUUGAGUGGUAACUACUUAAGCCAAAAUAACCUACCUUGUGAGUUAGUGUGAUCCUUUGCUACCCCCUUGAGC